GAGGUAGUUGAAUCGAAACUGUAAAAUGUAAAUUAAUAGGUCAUACGUUUUAUUCGUGAUAAAAUAAUUAAUGAAAAUAAUAGUUAGUGGUUUCCUGUGUCAUACCAACUAUAUAAAAUCCAUCCGAAGGGAGAAAUCUUUCCCGUCUGGUAGGAGUAUACUGUACACGACUGAGUCAUCGUUAAGAAAUGAAUUCAUUCGAUCCAGACCACGCACUUGCUAUCAUUCUUCAAGCUAGAUUUAAUGAAGAAGCAAAAAAGAGCAAUGAACCAAAGAAGGAGAAUCUACCAACGCCAGUUAGGCGAAGCUUCACUCCCCAAUCGUCUCUCAUUGACCCUGAGUGGGAAGUGACUGAUCCCUGUCCGGAUGUUCAUGGCCUGUUUUUGGCUUUCAACGACAGAUUUUUCUGGGGCCGUCUUCUUGGAGUUGAAGUGAAAUGGAGCCCUCAAAUGACGUCGUGUGCUGGGGUCUGUGUUUACGAAGGUCGCAACGGACUUUGUUCUGUACGACUGAGCGCACCACUCCUCAAGUUACGGCCGCGGAGUGAUCUGGUGGAGACAUUGUUGCACGAGAUGAUCCACGCUUAUCUGUUUGUGACGAACAACAACCGAGACAGAGACGGCCACGGCCCCGAGUUUCACAAACACAUGAACAGAAUCAACAAAGAGGCAGGAACAAACAUAUCAGUCUAUCAUUCGUUCCAUGCGGAAGUGAAGCUGUAUCAACAGCACUGGUGGCGAUGCAACGGUCCCUGUCAGAAACGAGCUCCGUUCUUUGGCAUGGUGAAGCGAGCUAGGAACCGAGCCCCAGGACCCAACGACUUCUGGUGGGCGGAUCACCAGGCGGCUUGUGGCGGCAGCUUUGUCAAGAUAAGAGAGCCCGAGGGUUAUGGAGUGAAGGCUAAGAGCAAAGCAAUGAAAAAUCCCAAGGAGGGAAAAGAUAUUCGGAAUUUUUUCAAGAAACCAGUCAAUAUGUCAAGCUCCUUACCAUCAUCAUCAAAAACGUCAACCAAUGAGAAGGUCGGAAGUAACAUAUUUGGUUUCAACAACUUGGCCUCCAAUCAAUCUCCCACCGCAGUCAAACCAUCUAACUCGGCAGUCAACAGAGUCGUGGGUUUUGGCAAUCUGUCCAACUCCAACGGAUCAAAAGUUCCCCAGAAAACAUCUCCGAAGAAUAUAGGAAACGGCCAUGUCUUAGGAAGGGGCAAUGAAAACAAUUUCAAAGGAAGAAAUGUACCUUCAAAUCGAGGAGCUAGAGGUGGAAUGUUGGCGAAUCGAGGGGGAGGAACUAUGGUAUUGUCAGGAACCAAGAACAAAACCGACGAUGAAAAAACUCCCAGCCCCAACACAAAAUUGAGAAUCGACACCUUUAAAACCUUUUCAGGUUCCGGUUUUACCUUGGGAGGCAGUACCGGUAUCGAUAAAUCUAGAAGUCGGCUUUUGAGCCUUGGAGAUCAUCCAGAGAAGAAGAAACAAAAAUUUGAUGCAGAAUCAACUAAGAAACCGGAAUCAAGACAUUCUCUUGGUAAUAAACCUGAUGAAAGGAAGGAUUUGUGUAAAUGUGUAGUCUGCGAGACGAGUAUGCCUCGAGAAGAAAUAGAAGCUCACAUGGAGGACUGCGUAGGACUACAAAAUGUUUUCAACAACAGCACUGUGGAUGAAGAUGGUGAUGUUGAAGAAGUAAAUGAAAUAAAUAAGAAAUCCCAGAUAACUUUUUGCCCUGUCUGCGCUCUCCAUGUUGAAGGGGAUAUUAACAUUCAUCUGGACCAAUGUUUGGCCGAGUCUGGGAUACUCAAUGUGUUUGACGAGUCUCCGAGUGAUGCGUAUAACCAAGCUUCAGGUGUAACCCUUCAUUCAGAUUCUCCGAUCCUCAUACACGACGGAACAACUCCCAGGGAUUCUCCGAUCCUCAUACACGACGGAACAACUCCCAGGGAUUCUCCGAUCCUCAUACACGACGGAACAACUCCCAGGGAUUCUCCGAUUGAAAUAAGUGAUACGGAAUCGCCUCAGCUUUUACGCGUUGUAAAUGCGUCUAAGCAGAAAUUUGAAUAUGACAGUGAUAUAGAAAUCAUCGAGCCUGAAAAUAGAGUUGCCUGUAUGAUCUGUGGAAUGCGAUUUGGUGAAUCGAGGAUAAAUGCCCAUGUCAAUAAAUGUCUCGACUCAGAAGACAAUUGAAAAAAAGUUUGCUAAUAUAACAAAAUUUUUGUGCCUUUAAAAAACUUCUGAUUUGUGUUGUGAUUGAGAGUAUUGUAUCGUAUCGGUUUCUUGUUUGGUCCCUCUUUGUUUGAGUAGGCCUAAUACUACAUUAUCCACAUUUUGUAUUAUGAUAUAGACAGUUCCUGAAAAAACCCGUGUUAGUGAAAUUUGUAUCUGAUGUUUUUAUGGUAGGUUUGUUUGACUUUUGUAGGGAGUAAAGAAAAUGAUGGCCUUAAAUCAAAUUUUGUAUCAGGCCAAUUUGUAAAUAUGUAUUGCAGUUUUAUUCACAAAUUGUUUUCUUUUAUAUUGUUAUUAGUUAUUACCAACGUUUUGUAAUCUUACUGUAUAGUUUUAUAAUAAAGUUGAAGU